AUGGAUACUAAUGAACACGAAGACAUUGACAGGCUUGAAAUGGCAAGGCUCGCGUCACAUGGAAACAAAACAGGCGAUGGAAACACGCUAUCACGUGACACGAAUAGGGGUGGGGCGCUAAUCGUGCCACCUGAUACGGAACACGCACACCUGAUCCUUCCGUCGCCUAUUGGCUCCUAUGGUAGUACGUUAGGCAGCACCCUUUCAAUAAAUCCUGAAGCGUCCACGGCCAAUCUCCUGCGCAUUGACCUUGACCGGAAGUUAGAUCGCCACACGGGGGAGGAGAGAGACACUUGGAACAACCGCGCGGAGUUUCUUCUCUCGCUGGUGGGAUACGCCGUCGGUCUUGGUAACGUGUGGAGGUUCCCGUAUCUCACCCAGAAGAAUGGCGGAGGGGCCUUUCUACUGCCCUACGCAGUUAUGAUAGUUGUAGAAGGGAUUCCUUUGUUCUACCUUGAACUCGCCAUCGGACAGCGCCUGCGUAAAGGAGCAGUCGGAGCAUGGAACGAGGUGUCACCUUAUCUUGGAGGCCUUGGACUGGCCUCAGCAACUGUAGCCUUUAAUGUGGCGCUUUACUACAACACCAUAAUGGCUUGGUGUAUGUUGUACCUCGUGCAAAGUUUUCAGAGCCCGUUGCCAUGGUCACAGUGUCCAUCCGUGUACCAUGGGAACACUACUGUUGUCGAUGACGAGUGUCAGAGGAGCGGCCCCACAGCCUACUUUUGGUACCGAGAGACGCUUCAGAUAGCACCGGAAGUAGGUUCCCCGCCCACCUUUAACCUAAAACUGGGGGCAGCGCUGCUCGUAUCCUGGCUCCUUGUCUACCUAUGCAUGGUCAAGGGCAUCAAAAGCUCCGGAAAAGUAGUGUAUGUAACAGCAACGUUCCCCUACCUGGUUCUUGUCAUUUUCUUCUUCCGAGGAAUCACGCUUCCUGGUUUCGACAGAGGUCUCGAGUACUUGUUUGUACCGGAGUGGGGUCGACUGCUUGACCCAGCUGUCUGGCUAGAUGCGGCCACGCAGAUAUUCUACUCGUUUGGACUUGCAUUUGGCUGCCUGGUUGCCCUCGCCUCCUACAACCCAGUCCGAAGCAACUUCGUCAAGGUGGCGUUGUUUGUGUCUGUAACGGAUUUCUUCACUUCGAUACUUACAGCCACUGUUGUAUUCUCGAUUCUUGGAUUCAAGGCAACUAUCGCUUAUGAGGAGUGUCUGCGCGCACACAAUAACAACACUAUAGCAACCGACUUUUCUGGUGGUCCUGAAAACAACACAUGUGAUUUCCGACAGUUCUUGCAAGGGUCCGUGUCUGGCACUGGUCUGGCGUUUAUCGUAUUCACCGAGGCAAUUAAUCAGUUUCCGGCACCUCAGCUUUGGUCCGUUCUCUUCUUUCUAAUGCUUUUGACACUUGGGCUUGAUUCUAUGUUUGGUACGCUAGAGGGCGCCCUGACGUCCAUAAACGACAUGAUGAUGUUCCCUGGUGUGCGGAAGGAAAUAAUUUGUGGUAUCACAUGUUUGGUGUCAUUCCUGAUUUCGCUGGUGUUCGCCUCCUCCACCGGACCGUACGUGUUUGACCUGUUCGAUUCGUUCAGUGCCAACAUCCCGCUCCUGGUCAUCGCCUUCAUGGAGUGUGUGGCAAUCGCAUACAUAUAUGGCCUGAAAACCAUAUCAAACGACAUAGAACUUAUGAUAGGACGGCGUCCGAGUUAUUUCUGGUUGAUAUGCUGGCGAUACAUAGGUCCAGCAGCCAUGGCAGCUAUCAUGGUGGCGAGUGCCAUAGAAAUAUUCAACAACGGCACCGUGUAUGAGGCUUGGGAUGCUACGCAGGGCACUACAGUCAUGAAACCUUGGCCUUGGUGGUGUCAACUCUUUGCCGCCAUCUUAAUUCUUAUGGCGUUAUUAUGGAUACCAGGUGUCGCAAUAUGCAAAUACUUCAAUUUGAUAUCCUGGAAACGGGAAGAACCAGUAUUUUUCCCGUCAGAAGAACUUUGUGAAGAAUAUGAUAUCAAAGAAAAGAAAACAAAUGCAUUUGAAAAAUAUGUGUUAGGAUUUAAAUAGUACCAUGCAUACUAGUAGUUGUAUUGUACCGUGAACAUUAACACCAAUAUCGGAACGGUAACAGGUAGGAGAAGCUUAAACGUGCAAUUGCUUGCGUAAGGAUACAUUAAAUCGCUAUUCACUUAUACACACACUAGUUAUUGGACGUUGCCUUUGACAACAGGGAACAAAACAUUUACUUCACCAUCAAUCCUCGCGAUUAAAAUUAUACACCUCACACUUUAUGCCCGUGUAUUAAUUCAAUAACUAAGAGUGUCGGGUGCAGUAACUGGAAUUUAGGUUUUUUGUCGAAUGUGUUUUGGUCAUAUAUCAACUAUCUCAUCCGACUUACGAAACUGAUUAAGGCAAAAAUGAUGCAAUAAAAACAGAUAUUGAAAAAAUACCGAAGGUACUAAAUUUGAAAGUAUGUACUUACCACGUGCUUAUAAUGUGCGUUCUCCAACAAUGUGUGAUCAAUAAUUUGAUAUGCGAAAUAUCUGAAUGAAAGAAUUUGAAAGAAAAGAUAUCUUUAAAUUGUUUGAAUUUGAAUUUAUUUUGCAUAGAAAUGUGGGUAUUGUAAUUGAUGUACAUGUAGUUUGCUUUGAUCGUGUCAAUUUUAUUCAUAUAUUCUCGACGCUCUCCAAAGGUUGUGAUACUAUACUGUACAGAUCGUAAAAUUGUUGUUGCUAUUG